CGCAAUUAUGUCAAUGUCAAGUGUCGUCUAUUUCAAAUGGAGCGGCGAAAUCAAAAAUAUUUUUAAAAUUUGUAAACUUUGUAGGAAAUUGUGAAACAUAUGAAAAUAAUAAACUACAGCACAGUAUUAUUUUGUUUCCUUUUAAUAUAUUAAAAUGGCCUCAUCUAAAACACUUGUACUAUUAGCAACUAAAUUGGGGUUGGCAGAGGAGGGAAAAGUAAUAAGUAAAGCAGCAGAGUUUGAGCGUUUAUUACAAACAAAAACAACAGCAGGAAUCAAUUUAACGGAUACAAGUAAAGUUGUUAUCUGUUUGGAUUUGGCUGCUUCAAUGCUUAGUGCUGAUCUGGACCAGAAAACAGCCAUUAAAUAUUCUGGUCUCAAAGCUCCAAGCUACAAUAAUUGCAGGAAAGUUGUAGAAAACCUACUUGAGCUAAAUAAUGACAAGAUUACAGUGUCGAGUCUUUGCUUAAUCAUGCAGUGUACGGGUGUUCAGAACUUGGCUGAAAAUAUCCUAACGGAGUAUCAAAACGUUACGAAAAUGGAUAUGGAUCUAACUUUGCCACAAUAUGUAUGUAUGGCUGUUUACCAAGCUUGCAGAGUAAAUAAAGUUAAAAUAACAAAAAGUAAAUUAAUUGAAAAAUCAAGACUGAAACCAGGACAGUGGAGUAAGUUAGAUGCAGAAUGGACAAAAAUUGUUGACGAAAAAUUUACGACUGUUAAGAAAAGAGGGAGACCACCUAAAAUUAAGAUAGUAAAUGACGAAAAUGAAAUGGAGAUAGAUACAAGUGCUAAAGAUGAGAAAUCUUCUGAACCGAAAAUUGAACCUUACGAACAGUGGAAACAACGCAUGCUAGAACAAGCCUACAAAGAGUUGAAAGAACUCGAAAGAAAAGAAGUAAAAGAACAGAAAGAAAGAAGAGAUACUAUGAGAGAAGAGAUAGAGAAAGAAAUGUUGUCGCCGAGACGGUCGCCAAGGAAGACUCCGCAGAAAUUCUCACCUUAUAAAAGCCCUAAGAAAUGUAGUGGAUGAAUAAGACUUCUCUUUCCUAAAGAUCUUUGACUGAUAAUUUUUAGCGUUUAGUAUUUAAAUGUUUUAUCCAUUGAUUCUUAAAUAAAUGAUAUUUUUGUAUGUCUGGUCGUAAGAAUAGAUUUAAGCUCUGUUUAAUGUUUAAUAAGUUUUGGUAGCAUUUUUAUAAUUAUUCAUUGCCUUAUUUUAUCAACUGACUUAAGUGACUCUGGCUGGUCCUUAUUCUGUGUUUUAAUGUAUGUUUGUGUGUUAGUUACGAUAUUGACAUUUAUUAAAUUACUAUUAUUGUGAAUUGUG